GUUUUUUUGCUCCCCACGCAAACCCAUCUUUUUAAAUACGCCGGUCGACGGGAACUGUUACCCGGAAAGAACAUGACGGUCCUUCCACAAUUUGGGGAUAUGAAUCCAACUCUCCAGACCGUUCGCCUCAUCUCAGACUGCUUUAUCAAACCUCGCACCACUCCCGAUGAAUCAAAGCAGCCAUAUUACCUUAGCCCAUGGGAUCUUCUCAUGCUCUCCGUCCAAUACAUCCAAAAAGGUCUUCUUUACUCCAAACCUUCCGCCGCCGUCGACGAUGGCGGCCGUUUCAUCAACGAUCUGUUGAAAAAGCUCAAACAUUCCCUGUCAAUUGCCCUCGUUCAUUUCUACCCACUCGCCGGACGACUCGCAACAAUCCGAUACGAAGACGAAGGUUCUUCCCUCGUUUAUGUGGACUGCAACAACAGCCCCGGUGCCAGAUUCAUUCACGCUCGUCUCGACAUGACCAUUUCCGAUAUUCUUUCCCCAACCAACGUGCCGUUAAUUGUCCAAUCUUUCUUUGACCACGACAGAGCAGUCAACUACGAGGGCCACUCCCGGCCGUUGCUGUCUAUCCAGGUCACGGAAUUACUGGACGGCGUCUUCAUCGGGUGUUCCAUUAACCACAGCAUCGUCGACGGAUCUUCUUAUUGGCAUUUCUUCAACAUGUGGUCUGAGAUAUUUCAAGCCGAUGAUGGCAAUUUUUCAAUUUCACGCCCACCGAUCCUCCCGCGUUGGUUCCCCGAGACCCACGGUCCAAUUCUAAAGCUCCCAUUCACCGAGCCCGAUCAAUUUAUCAGCAGAUUCGAAGCACCCCAACUCAGGGAAAGAAUAUUCCAUAUUUCCCCUGAAUCCUUGGCCAUUCUCAAAGCCAGAGCAAACACAGAGCACAAAACCAACAAAAUCUCCUCCUUCCAAUCCCUAUCCGCACUCGUCUGGCGAAGCAUAACACGAGCCCGUGGCCUAUCCCCGGAUCAAACCACCGGGUGCAGAUUGGCAACAAACAACAGAUCGAGGCUAAAUCCACCCUUACCCGAAAAUUACUUCGGGAAUUCGAUUCAAGCCGUAAGAGCGGUUGCGACAGUAAAGGAGCUCCUGGAAAACAAUCUCGGAUGGGCGGCGUGGAAAUUGCACGAGGCUGUAGUGAGCCACGACGACGAGAAGGUGCGAAAUCACGUGAACAAGUGGCUGGAAUCCCCGUUCGUGUAUCAAAUCGCCCAAUUAUUUGAUCCAUUGAGCGUGAUGAUGGGAAGCUCCCCUAGAUUCAACAAGUACGGGAACGUGUUCGGAAUGGGGAAGGCUUUGGCUCUCCGAAGUGGGUAUGCGCAUAAAUUCGACGGGAAAGUAUCUUGCUACCCAGGAUCUGAAGGAGGCGGAAGCAUAGAUCUGGAGCUGUGCCUUCCACCCGAUUUCAUGAGUGCUCUUGAAGCCGAUGAGGAAUUCAUGAAUGCCUGCACUACUUUAACUCACUAGAACCCAAAUGUAAGAAAUUGGUUAGUUUUUGUGGGUUUUAGUCUCCCACGAGCCCAAAUAAAGACUCCAUUUUUAACGUUCUUGAAUCAUUGGACUCCCAACAGGGAGGGAAUUUACAAUUUUACCAUUUUGAAAGCAAACCACAUCUCGAAUUCCAGAUGGAGUGCCAGAAAGUCUUUGUACACAGCCGUCACUAACCAAUCAGAUUCAGCUUACAGAAGGAGACAAAUUAAGGCAGCUUAGGCAUUCGAUCGCCACGGUUGAAUUACGACACGUGGUGUUAAAUUGGAGAUGGAUAUUUGCGAUCACGGAUCCAACGGCCCAAAAAAAACCGACGAUGAAUAUAAGAUCACCCAACCUUGCGUCGCCAGACGCAGGCAUGUAAGAAAGCCUUCAGCUACAAGUUUCCGGUUUGGGCGCACAUUACAAAUACGAACCAAAAGAAAAACGCCUUGUUUUACGCUGCCGCGAAGGCAUAUUUAUGGAAGUUCUUCAGCCUUUCCAACCGGCUUCUUCCUCCUCCUGUCUACCUCCCGGUUGUUGUUUUUCCCCCUCCGAUGAGCAGAUCCUCUGUUUCUACCUCCCCAACAAGACCACCGCAUCCAUUUCCCCCAAUUCGCUCGCCAAUGGCGUUUCCCCCGGCUAUAACUUAAUCAAAGACCUCGACCCCUUCGAUUACGAUCCUUUCGAUUUGCCGGAGUCCGCGUGUUUUUCUUACGGUUCCAGGGGAAGAAAGAAGCACUGGUACUACUACUCAGUAAGUGUUUUUAGUGAGGAAAGAGGACGGAUAAGAAUGAAGAGCGGGUAUUGGAGAAGAAAAAGGAGAGCGAGAGAGGUGAUUAUCCAUCGAGGAGUUGUUCUCGGGAUGAAGACCAGUUUUGUGUUCUAUUGGGGGAAUUCGAUCGAGAACGCUGUGAAGACUAAUUGGAUCAUGUACGAGUAUGCCCUAGGCGAUCAUUUUAAGGCUUCUUUUGUACUGCAUCGGGUAUUUGUAAGAGGUUGGGGACAUGGCAUUUCGGGUAAUGGCUUAAGUGCUUAUGGUGACGGAAGUGUCUCAGCAGUAUGCCAUAAUGGCAAUCAGCAAGAUGGAAUUCCAGUAACCAAUGGCAUCGCAGGACAUGAAAUGGGUUGUGCGGAGAAGCCAAAUUGUGUGCUCGUUACAGAUCCUGUUACCACUUUGCAAGUCCCAUCAGAAGCUUACCCUUGCGGGAUGAUGGCUCCCUCGCCUGUAACCCCUACUGGUUCAAUCUCUAUUCUGGACGGAGAUUUUCUAGAAAUAAACGAUCUUGAUGAUCAGAUGGAUCCGGAAGAUAUCAGUGGAUGAGUGUUAAUUCUCAGGCUUAUUCCUGCCUGACGUUAGAUUUCAGAUGGGGUACAAAUUCUUCAGGAAAGAGACACUGCGUACUAGUGUUACUGAACCAUCUCUUAAAUGCGAAAGAAACUCUGUCUUGGAGUUAGCAAGAUUGCACAGCACAAGGGAGGGGAGCAAAUUACCGGUUGAGGUAAUAGAUUGCUUUUCUUUAUGCUGUUUGCUUCAGUUUGUUCUUCUCCCCAUGUUUCAGGGAAUGAGUAGCUUUUCUUUUUGUUUUUUUGUUUGUUUCAGUGGAUGUAAAUUUGCAAUUGGCUAAAUGUUUGGCAUUUUGUUCUGAUAAACAAGGGGAUGUUGAUUUAUUCACCCAAAUUGGAAGAAGACAUGAAUGUUGGUGUAAUUAAUGCUAUUCUGCAUGAGCCAUUGAAUUGCAAUUCUGCAU